GCAGAAGAAAGUUUUAUACAGAAUGAGCCCCGUGUUGACGUAGGCAUCCCCUCCCCUCCCAUCUGGACAGAAGCCCAGAAGGCAGCGAGAGGGGGGUUGGGGGAAUGCGAAGGUAGGGAUCGCUUGGAUCCCUGUGGUAAGCGUCCCGAGGCGGGGCCGAUCAAGGGCCAGACUAGAGUAUUGGUUCUGGACCCACAAAUAGAUCAAGCUUUUCCCUCCUCCAUCACCCUCUUAAAUCCCAAUGAGGUCAUUGCAAUGAGAGAGAAUCAGAUCAAGAGACAAGGGGAGGAAGAGGACGACGACGAGGGAGAAGAAACCCAGACGGAAAAAGGCCAUCAGACAAGGUCGCUUUUUCUGGCGACACAGAAACUGUGCGGAGUGUGGUGCUGAAUCUCAUCUGCCCGCUCAGCCUGGGGACCAAGGGACUCGUAGAAGCACUUUGUGUUACCACGAAAACAAAGGAAAGGAGACGAGAGGGAGAGAGAAGCUCUGAGCAGUUCCGCCUUGGAUCUGGGGAAGCAAAGCUCAUCUACUUGGCAAGGAAAGAAAGGGGAGCCUGAAAGGGUUUGGGAGGCUGAGGAGGGAGCGGGAUUUCCCUGCGGAGAGUUGGGACGCGGCAGAACUCUGGACAGCGCCUCCCGAGCCGGAUUCCAGGCUCGGGGCUCCGGAGCUCCGUGGCUCCUCCAGGGUUCCACCUCCUUGUUGAAAGCCCUUUCUACCGGUGUGCUCUCCUCUCCUGGACUCCGACCACCGAACCGAACCGGGAAAAUCCUUUUACGAUCCCUGUCCGAACGUGCCAGGGGAUGGAGCGACUCUGCCUCUGACCCGGUCAGGGAAGAGGGUCUCCAGUUCUGGAAAUCCAGUCCUUGUGGAUAAUGCUUCGCCGGUGAAGAAAGAAAAGUUUUGGGGUCUGGUAGGGGGCAGAAGGGGUAAGGAGGAUAGUGGAAGAAAGAAGGUGGAUGGUUGGCUUCUCUUUCUGAUCUGGAAGGAAUGAUGACCGAGGAAGGAUGUGCACCAGCGGCCAGAUUAUUGGGAGCCUCUUGGUUCUCUCUGUGCUGGAGAUAGGGCUGGGGGUGUCCAGCGUGGCCGUAGGAGCGGUCAGCUUCAGCCUGGCCCUCCGAGAGCACAAGCCGCAGCUUGGAGACUCGUCCCCGGUAUGGAGCGGGGUGUGUUUUCUUCUUUGUGGCAUAUGUGGAAUAUUGUGCGCCAAAAAAAAAUCUGGACUUGUCAUGAUCCUCUUUUCUGCCUGCUGCAUCUGUGGACUCAUUGGGGGCAUCUUGAAUUUUCAGUUCCUUCGGGCAGUGACAAAGAAGACCUCUUCCCUCUAUCCCCUGCAUCUCGCGUCCAUGUCUCUUGCGUGCAUUGGGAUCGGGGGCUGCACCCUCUCUUCGUGGCUCACUUGUCGACUAGCCAGCUAUGAACAGAGGAGGAUGUUCUCAGAGAGGGAGCAUUCUCUGCAUCACUCUCAUGAAAUGGCUGAGAAAAGAUUGAGGGCUAUUGAAAUAACCGACUUGCCCAGCUGCCCGGUGGUGCCCCCGACACCAGAGUUACCUACAAGGAAAUGACAGACAACAUGAGCAAUGGAGGACCACAGCUGAUAUUUAAUGGAAGAGUAUAAUCAAUAUUUUAAAGAACUGAACAUUUUUUAAGAUUUUCACGAGGCAAAGAAAUACCAAAGGACUAGGAGAUAAGUUAAAACAGUUCUUGCAUUUGCUGUUAUCUCUCCUGAGUACUUACUAAAAUUAUUCUUCCUCAAUUUUCCCUCACUUUACUUCUUCAGCUUUUUUUUACUGGUGAAAAACUUUCCACAAAUGUUCUAGUACAGUAAUUUCAACCAACUUUCCAGAUUGUUCUAAAAAAGACUUUUCAGGAAGAAAAAAAAAAGGAAUAGAUAAAAUAGAAAGAUUCAUAUUCUACACAAACACUAUUUGACUAGCAUGAGUGUUAGAUUUGUAAUGACAUAUUUCAUAUAAGUAAUUAAAAAGUGCAAAUAUCAAGAAAUAAUAAUUUAUUGAUGUCUUUGUUCUGAAAGACGAUGGCUUCAAAGAAUGCCACAAUUUAAAACCUCAGCAAUGCCUUGUUAUAAAAUCAUUGUAAUUAUUUUCAAUUUGUGAAUGAACUAUAUUUCAUAAUUUAUUUGUAAAUUACAAAAAAAAAACACCCUAAAACAUAAAAAAGAGGUUUUUUUAGAGAGACAAUAUUAAUCUGUAUGAUAUUUUUGCAUUUUUCCACAGAGUGAAAAGUUAUAAAUGAAUAUGUUUUGAUUAUACUGUGUAAAUUGAUGGGCAUGUUCAUGAAUGAGCCUAAGAAUAAAAUAAAGUAUGUGUGUGUGUAUGUGUGUGUAUAUAUACUGUAAAUAUAGAAAAUAUAUAUAGGACAUAUUUAUAGCAUUCAUGAAUGUAAAUAAGUAGUAGAAAGGAAAUUGUGGUGUUGUGGGGAUAUUGUCAAGAUUCUAUUCCCACAGAAAUGGGAGAGCAAUUGUUCAAGGCUUUUCUAUGCCCACAAAGUCACAUUUAAUUUCUACUAAAUUUUUUCAAUUUUAUUUCUUUAUUAUGUCUGCUGUAUGUAAAUAUCAUUGUGGCUGAUAUUAUGGAGUUAAGUGAUCUGAAUAGUGGAGUAUCAAGAUAGAUUGCUUAAUUAUUUGGCCAUUUUACUACUAUUAUGAUAUUUAUGUAAGAACAAUUAUUAAUAUUGAUUUAUAAGCAUAACAACUUUAAUUCAAAUACUUUCACAUUUAUAAAUAUAGACAGAAUGACUUGCAAUUAUUCAUGUUAUUUAUAUUUCAAGCACUUUACAGCUCAAUUAAAUUAUAUAAAAGGACAGAUGAUGUAUUCCCAAAAGAUGCAGGUACAAUUAGCUUUGUUAGAAUUUAAUUUAGGUUUUUUGGUUUUGUUUUACAAUUCACAUGGAAAAAUACAGACCAUUUUUUAAGAAUGCCUAUAUCCAAAGAACCUGAAAGAGUUCUCUGUAGAAGGAAAUUAAAAGAUAGGCUUAUAUUUACACAGCUAAAUUCAACCCUCUCUUCCAUAACGGAAUGUUAAAAUAGUAAUCUAUGACACUACAUACAGGCGAGAAAAUAGCUUGGUCUUUGAAAAUAUUUGUGAGAAUAUAACUUGUGGCAACAGAUAAAGAAAGUAUAUAUUUUAAAAUAUAUAACUCAUUGUAUUGUACACUUUUAUUAUUCCGCAAAGCUUAUCAGUUUUCAGGUCAUUUGUUAUGAGUUACUUACUGAACGAUAGGUAAAUUAGCACCUUUAAUAUCCAGUAUGAGAACAUGUUAUAAUUUAGAAGCAAAAUAUAGGUUUUAGUUGUGCUAACAAAAUAAAAAUAAUGCCAGUUAAUGGAAAUCUGAAGGUCUUUUAGUUUUAUAACAACUUGAUCAUCACCUACCCUAUUUAAAUCCGCUUAUAAAAAAUCUGGUUGUAUAUGUUCAAAAGAAAUGACGGGACUGUGGUUGUCUGGUGGUGUUUUUUAAGUCUCCCAACUCGUAUGAAUAACUUCACUAGCCAGCAGAUUUACAGAAGUGGCCCACAAAUGCAGCCUCAAAUAAUAAAUCAACUUCACUUCUGUUUAUUUGAUGCCAUAAAUAGGCAUGAUCUUUGUCACUGAAAAUCUAUACUAUAUAAUGCAGGUAUUUUGUGUGUAUAUGGUUCUCCUGAUUUUAUGCAAGGAUGUAGUUUUGUACUGAAAGAAUAACCACUGACUCUAAUUUUAGGUGGCAUUUCUUUGUAGACAUGUUUGUACAAUACAGAGUUAUAAUACAUCAGUAAGAUGUUUUAAUUUCUUUUGAAAUGAUAUAUAAAAUCACCCAUUAAAGGACAAAAGUAGGCAUAUCACUGCUUAGACAUAGAGUUAAGAAGAGAUGCCAUCAUCACAGUUAUUCCAGUAGUCUACAGUGUGUUUAACCAAGUAUAGAUGUAUCUUUAAUGUAAUUAUUUUAACUCAGUAGUUUCAGGACUCAGUUAUUUAGAGUGAUUUAUUUGGGAUAUGUAGUGAUUCUUUUUGAGAUAAGUAGGGGAAGUUAGGAAGACAUUGUUCAAGUACUUAAAAAUUUAAUUUUCAUAAAACAUUGAACUAUGAACUAGAAUAUUUUAAGUGACCACAUUACAGUUUUAGCAUGAGUCCACACUUGGGAAAAAGUAAUGUGAUACUAAAUUAGAAAAAAAUAUGUGAAACUAAUGUGGUGGUGUGCUGUAGAGACUAGCUACAGGAAGGUGCAGUAAUUAUAAGCAUAAAACAAUAAAAGUGGACUCUGCCUGAAAAAUUUUCAACAUAUGUGUGUGUGUCUCUACACAUACAUAUAUAUAAUAUGAACUGCUUAGAAGUGGGACAUAGUAUGAUGACUCUAUUGAUAUGUCUAUAUAAUAAAUGGUGUGUUUUGAAACUACAUAUGGUGUGAGCUUUCUUUCCAUCACGAUACAAAAAAUAAUUUCCCCAAUAACUUGAUGAAUAGAUGUGCAGUUCUGAGAUUGGCAGGGGACAGGAUGCUGUGAAUGAGGAGAGGACAUGGGAUUAAGAAAGGGCAUUUACUCUUUCCUGUUUGAGCAAAUGGGAAAGAUUAAAGUACGCUCUAAUGUAGACAGGAAG